GGAGAGCUUGACUGGGGAAGGGAGAGCUUGACUGGGGAAGGGAGAGCUUGACUGGGGAAGGGGAGAAAGAAGGCGUCAACAGCGAGGAGAGGAAUGCUCGCGGCGGGGCUGCCGCCCGACGUGGCGGCGCUGCUGCCGCGCGGCGCCGCGACACUCGCGCUGAGCUUCUGCCCGAGCGAGGUCCCCGCCGCGGCGGCUGCGCUCCUGAGGGAAGCCGUGGAGGCGCAGCGCGGAGACACGGCGCGGGAAAUGUCAAAGGCAGCACUGGACGUGGCGUGGGAGGGCCUCAACUCUGCGUGCUGGCGCGACGUGAGUGUGGAGUGGCGACGGUUCUAUGCACUGAGCGCCCUCGUAGCGGCUCUGUGGGAGGUCAAGGCUGGGGAAGAAGAGAACCUCAGGGAGGCUGUGCGGUUGUGUGACCUUGGUCUGAUCAUGGGAGUGGCGAUUCUCGAUAACAUCCUCAUGCGACUGGUUGCUGUGCUGCAAAAACGUCUCACUGGACUUAAGAGGUCCCAUGACCGGUUAGACGAUGCGCCAUGUGACCUCAAGCACCCUGAUGCAAAGGUGUGCCGCCUCUCCCCUGAGCGGGCUGUACCGCAGCUCAUGUGCCCAUCCAUUGACACAUUCCGUCGACUGCACUUGCUGCCCGCUGAGCCCGUACUUCUGCAGGACACAGUCUCCCACUGGCCUGCUCUCACCAAGUGGAGCUUGGGUUACCUAGUGCGCAUGGCCGGUUGCCGAACUGUUCCAGUGGAGCUUGGCUCGCGCUACACAGACGCUCAUUGGACUCAGACUCUCAUGACGCUGCAGGAGUUUGUGGAGAAGUACAUCAUUAAUGCGGAGUCCCAACCAACAGUGGGUUACCUGGCUCAACAUGAACUGUUUGAUCAGAUCCCAGAUCUUAGAAAUGAUAUUGUUAUUCCGGACUACUGCUGCGUGUCAGAACGAGAAGGAGGAGAUGACGAAGAGGAGGGAAGCGAAGAGGUCGUGAUCAAUGCAUGGUUCGGCCCUGGCGGCACGGAAAGCCCUUUACACCAUGACCCGCAGCACAACAUUUUGGUGCAGGUGGACGUGCUUAGGCCCGACACGUGUCAGUUUCCCCGCUUCACCGAGGCCCCGUUCCAGGAGGUGGUGCUGUCCCCCGGAGAUGCACUCUUCAUUCCUCGCAAGCACUGGCACUAUGUAAAUUCACUCAGCCACAGCUUCUCUGUGUCCUUCUGGUGGUCUUGAUCACACACGCACACAAAUGCAAGGGCAUGGACGGGCUACAUCUCGCUUCGUAGGCUGGCAGAGACGGUGCUGGUUCAUGGCAAAUACACAGGCCAGAAUGCUAAAGAAUUGGGUUUGUUGUAC